AUGACACACCCAUACGGAAAUGCAGAAAAUGCAGGGAAUGAAGUACCAAUUGUAGGUGAAGAGCAUGAACUGCCUGAGGUGUUAACCGUCCACACAGAUCUUUCCCCACGUGAAGGCGGGAUUGUGGAAUCACCCAGUCGUGAUGUCCAAGAACAUGGGGCAUCGAAUAUGAGUAUAUUAAGAGGAGUACCGGAGCACUUACACAAUCUUGCAAGAGAAAUCAAUGAAUUAAGUGAAGCUGAUCUUGUACAUAUCGCCGCAAUAACCGAUAAUGUCGCCACUCGUGAUGUAUACUCACUUUUACCAUAUACUGGGAGUAACUGGUUUCUUCCACAAAUUACGGAGGUGGGAGAAGGUGAGAGACACUGGGGUGUUCGCUGUGGGGCUUAUGGUCGUUUUAAAGUAACUUUGGGUGGACGUUGUUUAAAUCUUCCCAUUAUGAAUAUAUUUCUUCGUAUUGCCGUACUUGUUUUGUUAUGGUUUACACUGUGGAAUAUUUUACCGCAUUGGUUAAUGGAACCUGGUGGUUAUGUUUGGGAUCCACUGGUGUUGGUUAUUGUUGCUGCUGUUGUAGGAGGUAUUAUUUGUCGAGUAUUGCAAAUUCCACCACUUGUGGGAGUUUUGUGGAUUGCUAUUAUGUGGAAUAAUAUUCCAGAAGAACAUUACUUAACAAAAGGUAUAGUUCUACAGGUUAAAGAUAUUUCAUCUAAAAUGGGUUUAACAGUCAUUAUGGCUCGUGCUGGUUUUUCUUUAACUAUUAAAGGUAUUCUUCCACAUUGGAAACAAAGUGUACUUUUGGCAACCAUGCCUUUGGCGUUUGAAGGUGUUGCUCAUAGUUUAAUUGCCAAUAAAAUAUUUCACUAUGAAAAUAAUUAUCAAUGGGCAUUUCUUCAAGGUAUGGUUUGUUCUAUUGUUUCCCCGGCAGUUGUAGUACCAGGAACAUUAUAUUUACAAGAGAUGGGUUACGGUCGUGGAGUUGGGCCACUCUCACUAUUACUUUCUGCUGUUGGAGUGGAAAUUGUGUUAGGUGUUUGGGCGGCAAACUUUAUUAUUGGAUUAUUAUUUCAUGAUCAAAAACUCGCUGUUGCUAUUGUACUUGGACCUGUACAAUUUAUUGGUGGAGUUAUUAUUGGUAUUAUCAUUGGUAUCCUCUUCUUUUACUUUGUGGAGAUAUUAAAGCAUGAGGCACGUCGAUUACCUAAUGGAAAAUAUCAAAAACAACAUUUCUACAGUACUCUUGACUUUGCUACUGCCGUCUUUUUACUUCUUGCCUUUUCAAUGGUAUUUCUUGGUUACAGUGUAAAUUUGGCUGGAGGUGGGUGUACGAUGUGUGUUUUCUUUGCCAGCACGGUAACACACUUCUGCCUUAAGGACGGUAAACACGAGUUGGAGGAGCAGAAGAAAUAUAUUGGUAGUUGGUUAGCCUUUGUGUGGGAUAAUGCUAUGAUGCCAUUUCUCUUUGCUCUCAUGGGAUCCAAAAUCAGUAUUCCCGCCAUCUUCAACGGGGACUUUUUCCCAAAAGCGAUUAUUUGUCUUGUCUGCAGUACUGCCGUUCGAUUGGUGGUGAUCUUUCUUGUACAGACCGGCUCUGGAAUGGGCUGGAAGGCCAAAUUGCUCGUCUGCGCGGGUUACACCGGCAAAGCCUCCGCGCAGGCCUCCGUUGGGCCGCUGGCGGCAACACUCGUGGCGAGUGAAAUCGCGAAAUUGCCGCCCGGCACGCCCAUCACACCGGCGCUGCUGCAGCGACAAGUGUGGGCCAACAACGUGCAGCAGAUGGCCGCGAUGUAUGUAAUGUUUAUGGCCGCGAUUGCCUCGCUGAGUCUCGUGCGGGGCGGAAUGGCACUCUUGCCGAGAGAGGCACCAGCGCAGCGACCACAGCGGGGACGAUAUGCGCAAUCAGAUGAAGAGGAAGAAGAAGAGGGAGGUGAUCCCAAUCAUAUUGUUGAUUUGGAUAAUAAUAAUAAUAAUAAUAAUAAUAAUAAUAAUACUAAUACUAAUACUAUUCAACGAGAUGAGGCGUCGGCUGUUUUGUUGGGGGAGAAGCCGGCGCGGGCGGGGGUGAGAGACGCAAUGGAGAAUAGUCUCAACAGCGGCGGGAAGGGCGGAGAGGAGGAGAAUAAGAGAGAACCCACAAAUGGAGCUGGGAAUAUUCUCUAA